AUGCGUUCCGACGUGCGCGCCGUAGUGCCAGAGUGGGGCGUGGCCGAAGUCGGAGCGGGGAGCGAACGGAGCGGAGCGGUGAGCGGUCAGCGAGCGGAGCGGAGCGGAGGUUCACGGGUGACUGGUGCGAAAGAGACGGCUUAUCAUCACGACGCGCGCGCGCAAAGGGGACGGCGGUCGUAUGACGGACGGUCGAGGCGCGCGCGAACGACGUCGACUGUAACUCUUCCCGAGCCGCGCACUCUCUCAUCCCCGCACCGAAAUAAACUCCCUCUCGCGUUUUAUGCUCCCCCGGUACAUUUGGACGGCACCGUCAAUGUCCCCACGCCAUCGGUG